GCAUAAUAGCUGCGUACCUGCGUAGCUUCACACUACACAUCCUUUCACGCCUGCCUCCCGCCCAUCGGGGCCGCCAAAAUGAAGAUCGACUUGGAGCUGAUCAAACGGAAGAGCGAGCACAACGAGGGGCUGCUGGAGGAGCUGGAGGAAGUGGCCCUGCACCAGCUCCAAAUAAAAAAAAUUGAAUUCCUUAACACCCACUGCAGAAACUUAAAAAUACUGCUGCUGCAAAAUAAUUUAAUUGAAAGGAUAGAGAACCUGCACCAGCUGAAGAAGCUGGAGUACCUGAACCUCGCCCUGAACAACAUCACGCUGGUGGAGAACCUGCACGGCUGCGAGUCGCUACGCAAGCUGGACUUGACCCUAAACUUCAUCGACGUGUUAUCCAUCGAAGCAUCUGUGAAGAACUUGAAGAGGAAUGAAAACCUGAGAGAGCUGUACCUCAUGGGCAACCCCUGUGCGAAGUGGCAACACUUAAAGCUGUUCGUCGUUCUACACCUGGAGCAGCUGCAAGUUUUAGAUGGCUCCGACAUCCUCACGUCAGAUAGGAUAAUGGCUAGACAGAGGAGCGAAACCGUUAGGAACUCUUUACAAGACGAAAGGGAGAAACAGAAGCAAAAGGGGAGUGGGCACAGCGAGCACUACGACAGUAUCAAUCAGAGAAAGGAAAUUUACGAGGAGAUAGAGAGGGAAGAAGUACAGAACGCGCAGACGGAUGAGCGGAAGGGGAGGCCCCCGAGGGACGUGCCGCCCGUCUACACUGACGAGGGGGACAUUCGCCAGUGCAACGAAGGGCACUACAAGUUCCUCUUCGACGAGUACUCCAGCAGCAAGCACACCCUUCUGAAGCUCUUCCUCCCCAAGUACCUCUGCAGCUCCCUUAUCCAAGUGGACGUGAAUGUGCAUUACGUCCGCUGCGUAAUCAAAGACAAGCUCUUCCAAGUCAAACUGAGCGAUGCCGUUUUAACAGACCUCACCAAAAUUUCGAGGAAAAAAUACACUGGGGAGUUGCACAUCAAAAUGACGAAGAAAAGUUAUAAGGGGAAUAAAAUUUUUGAGGGGGACUCUAUCAGCGAGGGGGGUGCCCCUCCCCGUUCGUCUUCCACCGCGUCCGCUUCGUCUGCUUCGUCUGCUUCGUCUACUUCCUCCGCUUCCUCCUCCUCGUCCGCUUCUUCCACGGCGUCCUUCUUCAAAAAGGAGUACCCAAUCCACGCCAACCGGCGGAGACGCGCAGCCAGUUCUUCCCUGGCCCUGCCCAGCGAAGCCAAAGGCGACUUCCUUCUGCAGGCGAAAGAAACCAAGUACUCCUCCUCCGUGGUGAAGGCCAUUCCUUCGCUGGAGAAAAUUCCCAAGAGCAGCCUCCCUAACAUGGAAAUGGCCCCUUAUCACAAAUGA